AUGGCUGAUAGCGUGGUUUCCUUUGUUUUAGAACACUUGUCCCAGCUGGUGGCACAAGAAGCAAGUUUGCUGUGUGGCGUAGAGGACAGAAUCAAGUCCCUCCACAUCGAGCUCGAAAUGAUCAACGCGUUUCUCAAAACCUCAAAUAGCAAGACGGAGAUGGAACAAAAAGUGGUCAACCAAAUCAGAGAUGUUGCCCACGUAGCUGAGGAUGUCAUCGACACAUUUGUUUCCAAAGUCGCCAUGCACCAAAGGAGAAGCAUGGUGGGGAGGAUGCUCCACGGCGUUGACCACUCAAGGUUGCUCCGCAAUGUAGCCCAGAAAGUAGACAAGAUAAAAAACACCAUCAACCAGAUAUGCGAGAACAAGACCAAAUACAACGACUUCCAAGAGAGUGAUCAAACCAUAAGAGAAGAAGAGAAGGAAAGGGCACUUUCAUUGCACAAGCGAAGAAGAAAAGUGGAAGAGGAAGAUGUAGUGGGUUUUGUUCACGACUCUAAGGUAAUCAUCAAGCGCCUUGUGCAAGGUGGUUCGCGACGUAACGUUGUCUCCAUCAUUGGCAUGGGAGGGUUGGGCAAGACUCCUCCUUAUUGCCUCCGAUUUCUUAGUGAAGAAGAAAGUUGGGAGCUCUUCUGCAAGAAAGUUUUUAAGGGAGAAGAGUACCCUUUUGAACUAGAGCCUCUAGGCAAACAGAUAGUUCAAAGUUGUCGUGGUUUGCCACUCUCAAUUGUUGUAUUGGCAGGGCUACUAGCCAACAAGGAAAAGUCAUACAGAGAAUGGUCCAAAGUGGUUGGCCAUGUCAACUGGUAUCUUACACAGGACGAGACCCAAGUCAAAGACAUAGUUCUCAAACUCAGCUACGACAACUUGCCAAGAAGAUUAAAGCCAUGCUUCUUGUAUCUUUCGAUAUUCCCUGAAGACUUUGAAAUCCCUGUUAGGCCACUGCUGGAAAGGUGGGUGGCUGAAGGAUUUAUACAAGAAACUGGAAGUAGAGAUCUUGAUGAUGUUGCGGAAGACUACUUGUAUGAGCUCAUUGAUCGUAGUUUGAUCCAAGUAGCACGAGUGAAGACUAGUGGAGGUGUCAAAACAUGUCGCAUCCACGACCUUCUACGGGAUCUUUGCAUAUCUGAGAGCAAAGAAGACAAGGGUUUUGAAGUUUGCACGGAUAAUAACAUUCUAAUUUCAACAAAACCUCGUAGACUGUCCAUCCACUGUAGCAUGGAUCACUACAUUUCUUCAAGCAACAACGACCAUUCGUGUGUCCGUUCUUUGGUCUGCUUUGGCUCAUUCCAUUAUUUUACACCUAGGGAAAGAAAAUGGCUUUUCAAAGGCUUCACAUUGGUUCGAGUAUUCGAUCUUGGAAUGAACUGCUGCAGAAGUAUCCCUUCCAACUUAGGGGACUUAAUCCACUUAAGGUACUUGAGAAUAGACUCAAAGUUUGUUAGAAUCAUUCCAGCUUCUAUACUUAACCUUCGGAAUCUGCAAACUUUAGACUUGGGAAAUUGGAUAUUACGUAUCCCGAUUUCUUUCCCUUGUGAAAUGUGGAAGCUUAAGCAUUUAAGGCAUUUGUAUACAAAUGGGCCCAUCAUCUUAAGUGGGCGUUGUUCAGGAUCAGAUGAAGUUAUGUGGAAUCUCCAAACCAUCUCUGCUAUUAGACUCAACCAAAAAGCAGCGUCUUUGAUAGAGAAAGGAAGGCUCCCCAAUCUUAAAAAUUUGGGGUUACAAAUCUCCUCAAACCACAAGGUUAAAUUGUCCAAACUAUUGCAAAGCUUACAACAGUUAGGACAUCUGAGUAAGCUUAAGAUUAGCCUUCAAGCGAAGGAUUUGACAAGUUCAGAUCCUUCACAACAUGGUAGCAUGGAACGGGAUACCGGUUUUAAGCCGCAGGAACUGUUACAAAGCCUAAAGUUGUUGAGUCAAUUGACAACAUUAAAAAUUUCCAAUGUCUUUGAUCUUCCUACGUGUGCAGUUGCAUUUCCUCCAAACAUCACCAAAUUAACAUUAAUAGGUAUUACUUACAUGAACGAUGACGGGAUGCAUGUUUUGGGAAAUCUCACCAAGCUCCGAAUUUUGAAACUAUCUGGAGGAGUAUUUGGAUUUUGGGAUUCCUUUGACCUUAAUUGCGAUGCUGGCAUGUUUCCACAACUACAAUUGUUUCAAAUGAGAAAGUUGGAAGUCCGAAAUUGGAGAUUAUCCAAUGAUGCAAUGCCAUGCCUCCAAAGCCUAGUCAUCGAUGAGUGUGAUAGUUUGUAUGAUCUUCCCAUUGAACUCUGUUCUUUAACUGCCUUAAGAAAAGUGAAGGUUACUCGACCUUCAGAAGCAAUGACUCGUCUACUUCGAAAUUUGGAACACAACAAUGGAACGGAGAUUGUGAUUCACUAA